CCACAAUAUCGAUUGGAACAAUGUUUGUAUUCUAAAAAAGUAAUAUGAACAAAUGGAAAGAGAGACUUAUAACACAAUCAAAUUGAUUAAGGUCACACCGGAUACAUGUAACAAGGGUGACUCAGUACAACUGUCAACAACCUGGAAUACAAUUCUGAAUUCACAAAAAUGAAUGAACAAAAUAAAAGAACUAUAUAUGUGAGUACAAAUCAUAAAUGUGUGAAUAAAAAACCAAAACAAUUCCAACAGUGUUGUGAAGACGGGCAGUAAUUUUGCUCAAAAUAUUAGCGAUAACAAAACUCAUCAUUGUGUGUAAACCAUUGAAAUAUAGUUAUACUAUAUUUGAUCAAACGUUUUACUGACAUUAAGUCACCUUGCAGUUCUGUGACUAUCAACUUGCUUCAUUUAGUAAAAUCACACAUCGUUUCUGUGGGUAUUGCGAUUAGUAUUUCUGGUCUCAUUGCUUCACUCGUGUUCUUCCUGAUAAGCUGGUCGGCCAAGAGAGAAAUAUUUCUGUAGUAUUUCUUAUAUAAGCCUCUUGCGAUUCGCCUACUUCUAAUACUUUUAAUUUUGAUUAUUGGAUUUUCAGUGCCCUAGAAUUGAAUACACAUGGCUACUGACAGGACCGAUUCAUAUGAAUGGACCUGUGAAUCGGAAAUUGAACUUUUCCGAGGAUUAAUUAAGCACAAACCCGUUGGGGUAUUUCGCCACUUCAAAAUGAUGUGUUUGUGCAAUCACCUGAAUUCAGUUCUUCGUGAACCAGUAACUCCUGAUGAUAUUUGGAAGAAACUGGAUACACUUUUCAAUAUGGAAGAACUGCAUGAAUCUGAAGGGAACCCUUUUCAAGGUAAAAUGCAAGAAUUUAGUCUACCGGAGGAGUUUGAUUCAUUGAAGGAAUUGCCGUUUCCCCGUGUUAUUCACCGAAGCGAUACAGCUACACGGAAAUCUUCAAUUUUAGAUACUUCUAAUCGAAAACGAAUAAGAAAGUCGGUACGCUGGGCUGACAUUCUUACAACUUCAGAUGAUAUGGUUCAAACACCGACUAAAUCAGCAGUCACUCCCGCUGUAGGUGUUGGCAGUUCACGCAAAAGGAGGCGCUGA